UUCAGACUGCGCGACUGGCGGAGGAAGGACUCACCUCAUAGUACCCUGGGUUCAUAUAUUGAACUUGUUGGAGGUGUCUCUUCGUAGGUAACAUUAAAGUAAUAUUUAACUAAACGUUGUUUUUGUCCGCGUGUCGCUGGAGGCUGUGAAGCACCGAGGAAUAUUUCGUUCACUGCUUCAGAGUCGCAGAUGCAGGAGGUCAGUGAGGCCCACAGUCUGGAUGAUGACAUGGUGGAUGGAGAUCUUGGUGACGGGAUGGAAGUCAGAGCAGCGCCCAGCUCCAUACGGAUGAAGAGCCAGAGCUUUGCUGGUCUCACAGAGAGUCUGCUGUCCAGAUCAGAGCUGCUCAGGAGUGGCAGCCAUGCAGGAGAAGCAGCCUGGAUCCCUGGACUGAAGGCUGCAGAGAGGCAGCAGAGAGCCCGCUGGAAGCUGCCGCGCUCCAGCUCCCUGGGUGACCUGUCCAAGGACGAGCUGAAAGACAGACUACAGGAAGCAGCUGAGGUGAUAGAUGUGUUAUGCUGUGAGCUGGAGGUGGCACAUCGUUACCUUGAAGGCAAAUAUGAAGCCCUGAAGAUCUUACAGGGGAAGGCCAUUCUUGACAAAGCCACGAGUCACACUAAGAGUCUGCUGCAGAAGAGUGAGGCGAGGGCUAAAGCUCUGGAGAAGGAGGUGAACAGCCUGCAGUGGGAACUCAGCUUCAGCCAGGUCCAGAUGAAGAAGUCUCAGCAAUCCUGGGAGCAGAAAUACAACAGAAUGUUGAGUGAGAACAAGACUCUGACUGACAACCUGGAGGAAAGAGAGAGGGAGAUCCAGCAGCUCCGGACGGAGAAUUCCGCCCGGAGUCGACAGUGCAUGGAACUUCUCUCCAUGUUGAGUGUGAAGGAGCAGAGAGCUUACCAAGGAACCAAACCUCAGUACAGCCCAGAGAGAGAUGCAAGUGUUCUGGAGCUGGCAGUGUUGGGUGCCUGCAGGUGUCUUGGUGUUGCUGAAGCUUGUCCGUGCAGUCGGACUGCUGCUGCCAGCAGGAAGCAGCUCUUCCAGCUACAACAGGAGUUGGAUGCUCAGCGUGCCAGGAGAGAAGAGGCGUUGAUGGUUGCUGAUGCUUUUCGUAUUGCCUUUGAACAGCAGCUGAGGAAACGCAGUGAGCACUUCCUGCUGCUGGCUGAAGCCAACAUCCUAAAAACCCAUCACUGCAAGGCUGAAGUUGCUAACAGGAGUCCUUUGCUCAGUGUAAGCCAGAGGUUGAGAGGAUUAUUGCCUUCCAAGAUGCCUGAUGAUCUUUUAGAGACUCUCUACAGACUGCUGGACUUGCUGAAUGACAAAGAGGAGGCCCUGGCCCACCAGAGGAAGGUGAGCAUCAUGUUAGCCCACAGUGCUGAGGAGCUGCAGAGACAGUUGCAUCUAGAUUCACAAUGCUGCCCAUCAGACCCAUCAGACAACCAGAGCCAGUGUCAGCAAACAUCUCAUACAUCAGAGUCUCAGCUACAACCACAAGUCUCGUCAGAGUCCAACAUCCAAGCACAGCAACAACUAGUUCCACCAGAUUCUCCACUUCAGCCAGGACAAACAUCAUGUCUGUCAGAGUCCAGGACUGAACCUCAGGAGCUGUCAGACACAACACAGUCCAAUAUCCAGCUGCUGUCCAACCAUGAGAGCAACGAGCCUGAAAUCCAACAAUCAGACCAAACAGAGUCCUGAUCCACCCAAAGGAUCAAUCAGACUCCACACCUCAGCUACAGACGCAGCAGUCAGGAUUUGAGAACAUGGGAAGAUGCAGAUGUCUUAUCUGUGAUGUCACACAGGCUGUAUUUGAAGGAAGGGUGUGAAAUUGUAUGAUUUGACCUGACUGCUCACUGUUGUUGUCCCAUCAGCUGCUGGAUGGAAAACACCAAACUGUUGUCCUUUAGAGAGGAAGGGUAGCAGUGCUGAGGCUGUGAUGUCCAACCCCACACACACCUUUACCACAUCUCUCAAACACACUUUUUACUACUAGAUUUACAUCUGGAAAAGCAUAUGAAGGUGUGAAUGUCUAUUAUCAUUUUCCCAGACCUUGUGAAGAACAUCUCAGGUGUUACUGAUAUAAAGCAUAGUUCUGUUCGGUCUUUGAAGUGGAAAAAAGCAUUUAGCUGGAAUAGUUGAAAAGAAAAUUGUCAACAGUUUCAAUGUUUUUCACUUUGAAAAUCAAAAACAGAAACCACUGACAGUUUGUCCAGUCAUGAGUGACUAGUGUAAGAGUAGGAAGGGUCUUUGUUGGUGUCUGAGCUCAGGAGAGAAAUGCCAAUCAGCAUAUUUGCUCCAUGCAGAUGCCUGUCAUGUUUUACCAGAACAUAGUGAGAGAAAUCACUGGUUUGCAGUCUUUGGCAAACAGUUUGAAAAAACUUACUGUCUGUGUUUAAGUUUCAAAGAACAUUGUAGGGAGGAGGGGUAGGUAGAUGGGUUAAUAAAAUGUGACAUGACUUCAUUGAUCUUUUCCUAUACCUGCCUACCUCAACCAAUCACACAUGCAUUGUAGUUUCUCCUUAAUUGUCACAUUGGCCUCUACAGACAGACAUGCCCACUGCUGCACACAUAACAGUAGAGUAUAACUUGCACGUGCAAGCCCUAUUCCAUUGUUAAUGUGUAUUUUAUGUGACAGAAGAAGUACAGGAUUGGUGAUUUAUUUUGAGAGCUAACUUGUAUGUUAACAAUCAAAGAAGCUAACACAAUGGCUGACUUGCUGUGACUCACUUGUUUUCAGUCUGAUAAAGAUCCAGUGCGUAUUCAGGGGUUCACAGGGAUAUAUUGGCAGAAAUGGAAUAUACUAAGUAUGUUUUAUGUUUUGUAGCACGGAAGUGCAGUGGUUAGCAUUGUGGCAUCACAGUAAGAGGGUUCCUGGUUCAAACCUGGGGGUUCAAACCCCGUGGUGGGGGACCCCCUCUGUGCGGAGUUUGCAUGAUCUCCCCAUGUUAGCGUGGGUUUCCUUAAGGUACUCCAGCUUCCUCCCACAGUCCAAGAAAUGCAGGUUAAUUGGUGACUCCAAAUUGCCUGUAGGUGUGAAUGAGUGUGAAUGGUUGUCUGUUUCUAUGUGUCAGCCCUGUGAUAUUCUGGCAACCUGUACAGGGUGUACCCCACCUCUCACCCAGUGUCAGCUGAGAUAGGCUCCAGCCCCCCCAUGACCCCCAACAAGAUAAGUGGUUAUGGAAAAUGAAUGAAUGAAUGAAGUAUAUUUUCUUUAGUGUAUGAUCACCUGAAAAUAAGAAUUGUUUUGUUUUCGUUACUUUAGAAUGAGCCGUUUAUAUCUGCAUAGGAAGCAGGUCCUCAUCCACAGAGUCUGCCAUGUUGCACCGUCAUGUCUCCACAGUAGCUCAGAACGGACAAACGAAACACUGGCUCUAGAUAAUGACAUUCAUGUUUUUGCAUGAGUUAGAAGCUUCUCCCUGACAAGCAGCGUUAGAGUAACACUGAUUUUUUAAACACGAGACAGCUUUAUUCAGUGUUUUUACCAGUUUAAAUUCCUGAGUGCAUUGUAUUGGAGAGGAAGAGACCUCUGCAGAUAAUUCGGCUUAUGGUAAAAACCUACUCAACUUCUGGAUUAGAAAUAAAGUGAGCACAUAUUAGCAGGGCUGGGCGAACAGCCCAUCUGCUACAUGCCAAACAAUUUUGAAGAAACACUGAUUUAUGAGGUGAGACUCCUUUAUACAGUGUUUUCACCAGUUUAAAUCACCUGGUCUUUUUUUUUUUUUAAGAGAAAGAGACCUUUGUGGAUAAUCCAGCUUCUUGUAAAAACCUGAACAAUGAACACUGUAGAAAUUAUAGCAAGGAGUUUCAGCAGGUUGCAAUCUGCAAUCCUCACCACUAGAUGCUACUAAAUGCCCCUAAAUCUUACACACUGGACCUUUAAGUACAGUAUAUGUUAUUUUAUUUUCACCUGUGUAUCACCCUGUACCUUUUUACUUCAUUUUUUUAAGAAUGAUAUCUUAUGCUUUCAUUUUGAAAUGCAGAUGGAGAUUCUGGAAGCCUUAAAAAUGGUGAACAAGGUUCUCAAUGCAACAGACAGUCACCCAUUCUGUGCUGUUAAUAAUUUUAUGCAUUCCAUGAUAUUUUUAACUUUAAGUUAUUGUGCAAGCAUUUGAACUCAAGCAGCUAUAAUAAUAUGACCAUAUAAGAUGAUAACUCUUUAGAUCAUAUCUAUCCUGCUAUUUCAGCUUUUGACUGGGAGCUGAUAAGAUCUUACCUUACUUAGUAUGUAGUUGAAAAAUUCAGUAUGUUCAGUUUGGAUGAUUUCAUGAAAUGUGUGGAUAUGCAAUGCACCUACAUGUCCAAAUUCAACUGGAGAAACUGGAAGCAACUCAGGUUUGGUGUUUUCACUGGACUGAUUAAUCAGGUCACAUGUAAUGGAGAAUCAUGAGAUAAUGUGAAUAUACAAAGUUAGUGAUAGUUACACCCCUGGGGCUGUAUUCACAAAGCUUCCUUGUUCUAAGAGUUACUUCUAGUGACGACAUUCUAAGAAGAUUCUUAGAAUUGUGACGUUUUCUUAGAAUUUCCCCUCAAAGUCAAGACUAGAUCUUUGUAAAGAAAAAAGUUAUUCACAGAGCACCUUAGACCUUAAAAGAGUUCCUAUGAUGAAAAACUGUUAGGUGCAGAGAGGAGAACUUUUAAGAGGUUAAAGAGUUUCUUAAGCAGAGGAGAAAAUAGUGAAAAGACAAAGAGGCUGGAAAAAUAUUCUCCAAAUACAGGAUGUGAGUAACAACAUUAACAAUCUCAACACACAGUCAGCAGUUCAUUUCAUUUCCACUGGGUGUCCACACCUUGCAGGCUCACAAAGGGGCAUGUCGGUGACAACCAAUCACACCUGUAUAAAGAAUGCAUCAUACCUAGCAACAGGGUCAACCACACCUCUCCACUUAGGUAAAAGUUUCUGUCUCCUCCUUGCUAAGAGUUACCCUGAGAAUUUUCCUAAAUCAAUUCAAAACUAGGACUCCUUACUAUAAACUUUCCGGCUAAGUUAGGAGCUCUCUGAGAGUAUUCUCAGAAUGUUUGUAAAUAUAGCCCCUGACCUCUAUGGCAAAAUUAUGGCAUAAUGAGAAUCAUGUAUUUAUGUUUUUGGAAAAACUCCUGUCACAAGUCUCUUUGUAACACACAAAUGAAACAUUAUCAUCCAGUUGAUCUAAAACAAAAUGUAAUUACAUGAACACAGAUGCUUUAGUGUGCAAAUAUUGGCAAGCAUUAGUGAUCAAAGAAUUAUUAGAGUGUGUAUGCAUAAUGGUAUUGUUAUUGUUAACAGAGGUUCUUUACAGUUUUUUUAACAGCUUGUAUAGUGAUAUGAGACAUGAACCUACAAUGCAUUUAGAAAAUAAAAC